AUGAAUAUCUUCCGCAGCCUUAUGGGCCGAGUUUGGCACGAUCCCAAUGCGGCAGAAGUCGUCAAGAUAUCCACUGGCCAACUCUACCUCGUCCGACCGGGGAACGUUCGCUCCGAGCGCGAGUGCAUUUAUAACGAUGCUAUGGCUACCAUCCGCCGCGUGCCUGCCGUAGAGCACAACUUCCAGCUCGUGGUCACGCGGGUGUACGAGGAUGGUGAUCAGGAGCUGCUGGACGAUGAAGAAGAGACCGACGAGGAACGUGUAUUUCUCAUCAGCGAGGAGCUCGAGUUCCGCACAGGGGAGACGCCUGAAGGCGACCCGCGUCUCAUCUGGCGCGAUCUCCAGGGCGAUGUCGACGAGUUUUACGAGUUCGUUGCCGCGGGGACCAACGGGCCCACCCGCGCCUUCUUCGAGACCUGCAUGUAUCGUGCCAUGUACGAGCGCAAGUACAGGACCAGCGCCGAUAGUACUCAGGAUUCGGAUUUGGAGGAGUUUGUUUGGAAACCGUCAACGACACCCAAGCCCAGCGGCAGAAAGAAGAGAGUCAUCAGUCACGGAGAAGAGGAGGACUUGACCGCAGCCAUGAACUCUAUGGGCGUAUCCCCCCAGCGCGAGCCUUCCGAUGCACCCUCCACCCAUGCCGCCGCCGAACCCGUGCCAGACGACGACCCUUCCCUUGAGACCCUCCUUGCGGAGCCAGCCACCUUACUAUUCUGGGAUAGAUCGGUGAUGGGUUAUGGAGAAGAGGGCAUCGUGACCGCGAAGAUCGUCGCGCUCAAAGACGAACCGUUUCAUUACUUCCUCAUUGCUUCGAGCGCCGAAACGGGACAAAUGCUCGCGCAUAAGAUCUCGUCUAGUCUCAUUCCUCGGUGGCAUGCUCCCAUGUGGGCUCUUUCAUGGAAUCAUGUCAGCGAUGCUGGAGACCAGAAUAGCUGGUGUCUUCACUUUCAGUCACAGGACGGCUUCGACCGUUUCCAAGAGGAGUUCACGAAGAAGGUCUGGGAGACGCUGAACGGGACACCCUGGGAGAAGAUCAAGCCGGAUGAGCGUCGUUACGUGCUAAGCGCUAACGUGGAAGACGUGGAGAUGAAGGAGGCCGAGAACGACUCUGAUGACGAAGAAGCUGUCAAAGACGAGCUUGAGGAGGAAGGGAGUGAAAGCGAUGACGACAGACCGAUUCGAGAAGAGGGGAUGUUACCCGCGGAUUUCGUGCACGGCAAGAACAAGUUGCUCAACGUCGGCUACAAGGGUGAUCGGUCCUACGUCACUCGCGGCAAUAAUAUAGGCGUAUUCGGUCACAGCAAUGAGGGCCUCAAGUUUGUCGGAUCGAUAACCAAGCUGAAGGACAUGAAGGGCAAGAACUUCGACCCGAAGCAUAUGAUGUUGCACGAGCAGGAUAGCAAGUUGGUGCUCCAGAACCCCGAUGCACCGAACUCCCUGUUUGAGCUCGACCUUGAGCGUGGCAAGAUCGUCGAAGAGUGGAGGGUGCAUGACAAUGUGGCCGUCAGUCACAUCGCGCCGGACAACAAGUUCGCCCAAACUACGCACGAACAAACCCUUGUUGGCGCAUCGCACAACGCCCUCUUCCGCAUUGACCCUCGCGUGUCUGGAAACAAGAUGGUCGACAGUCAAUACAAGCAGUACACGGGCAAGAAUAAGUUCUCUGGUGUCACUACGACCGCUUCUGGCAAGCUUGCCGUCGCGAGCGAGAAAGGAGACAUCCGCCUGUUCGACAGCAUCGGAAAGAAUGCGAAGACGGCUUUGCCGCCGCUCGGAGACCCGAUCAUCGGAAUCGACGCCACAUCUGACGGCCGCUACAUCGUGGCAACGACGCAGACAUACCUGCUUCUCAUUGACACCCUGAUCGGGACAGGGCGAUACAAAGGCCAGCUCGGCUUCGAUAGGAGCUUCCCUGCUGACGCAAAACCGCAACCUAAGCGACUCCAGAUCCGCCCUGAGCACGUCGCGUACAUGAACCACAACAUCUCGCUUUCGCCAGCUCGCUUCAAUACCGGUGAAGAUACCGAGGAGAAUGCGAUUGUCACUUCAACUGGUCAGUUCGUUAUCGCGUGGGACUUCAAGAAGGUCAAGAAAGGACAGCUGGACAAGUACGAGAUUAAGAAGUACGAGGAUCUCGUGGUGCAGGAUAACUUCCGUUUCGGCGAUGACAAUGAGAUCAUCGUUGCCCUGGAGAAUAACGUUCUCUCACUGUCCAAGAAGCAGCUGAAGCGACCGACUCGCACUUCGCUCGCUCCGGAGACGGAUCGUAGGCGGUCGCGGGGAGGCAGUGGCAUUGUGCGCGAAUAUCGUUGA